GGUCUCAGUUGCGCAUCGACUGAACGCUUCCCAUGGCGCUGCUGAAUGCGCCGCCUUUGCCUCUCACCGCUGGCAGCGAGCCAGCGGUUUGUGGGUUGACGAGGCGCACCAAAGAUCUUCCGCCGUUUCCAGCCGUGCCCGGGCAGCUGGCGGCAGUUGUGGGCUACAGCUAUUUGCGCUGGCGCAAAGCUCGCUGCGUAGCAAGGUGGUGCCGGCCGACGCGCCGAGAGGCCCUCCUGCUCUUCCCAUUCGCGGACCCCGCCCACGCGGAAACGCUCAGUGACCUGUCAAGGGGCAUCACGGGCGGCGACAAGGACGUGUACUACCCCACCUGGUUCAAGGGCAUCUGGGAGGCCACCACGGAGCUGGUGGCGGUGGAAGUUCCCGAGAACUCCAAAGUCGAGGACUCGGUGAAGAGGCAGCAGCAGCUGCUGGGUACCAAGCAGGCGGUCGAACGAUACCCGCAGAAGUACAUUGAGUACGAAGGCAAGAUUAUCGCGGACCGCGCCUUCAACAUGCGGAGCUACGUGCGCGGCAGCGGGGGCGGGCCGCGCGCCUUUGAGUCGGUGGAGUGGGACCCACGGACACCAAACCUGUCCACGGUCACCAUCAAGCGUGAUGGCGUUUCCAUCAAGACUGAGACCCGCAUCAAGAAGCGCACGGUCGGAGUGCCUGAAGGCCGCGACGACUUGUUCAACAGCAGCGAGGUCUUCUUGCAGGAGGUGUCCGGAGGUGGGGAGGACAAGGUGACACCGAUACGCUGCGUGAACAAGUUCAAGAAGAAUGGUGAUUCUGAGAUUCUGGUGAUACAGCGCUUGGAGAUUUUCCCUCGCUUUGGCGGUGCCGAUCCGGAGGCGUUUAAUCUGGACAAGCCCUCUGUGAUCUACAAGUACCGAGGCGUCCUGCAGCUGCAGCCGGAGUCCCCACUGGAGCCGGGGAUUAAAGCGCUGUAAAAAGAGC